UGGAAGGUUCCGACGCCGGCGCAUUGGCGCGGGCAGUCUGGACUCGCAGACCCGCCUAAGCGCCCUGGCCUGGUCUGCGCCCUUUGCCAACGGGGGUCACCCCAGGCCCUUACCCUAGUGAUGCCCCGCUAUUGCGCUGCGAUAUGCUGUAAGAAUCGCAGGGGACGGAACAAUAAAGACCGGAAGUUGAGCUUUUACCCAUUUCCUCUUCAUGACAAAGAAAGACUUGAAAAAUGGUUAAAGAAUAUGAAACGAGAUUCUUGGGUUCCCAGUAAAUACCAGUUCCUGUGUAGUGACCAUUUUACUCCUGACUCUCUUGACAUCAGAUGGGGUAUCCGUUAUUUAAAACAAACUGCAAUUCCAACAAUAUUUUCUUUGCCUGAAGACUAUCAGGGAAAAGAAUCUUGUAAAAAAGAAUCUCAGAAGAAAAAAAUUGGUGAUGAGAAAGAAAUGUGUCUAAAAGCCAAGCCCGAAGAGUCAUUUGCAUCAAAUGAAGCAAAGAAAAAUACAGUUAAAAUAGAUAUGCUCCGUGAACACACAGAUGUACUUGAUUUGCCUGCCACAUUGAAGCCACCAGCUCCUAAAAUAGGAAAUAUGCAAACUAACAUAUUAACUCUUAAUCUGAUUAAACAAGAUACUGAAAAAACAAAUUCUGUCUUGGAAACAUCCAUUAACCAAGACUUAGGUGUAAGUGAUUUUCACACAUCUUAUGAGAAUCUAAAUUCUACAACUAUUACUUUAACAACUUCAAAUUCAGAAGGUACUCACCAGUCUUUGGAAACCCAAGAAGUACUUGAAAUAACUACCAGUCAUCUUGUUAGUCCUAAUUCCAUUGAAAUUAAGGCAGUACAGGAAAACCAAUUCUUAAUCAGUACAGUUGAAGAAUUAAGCACAAAUAAAGAAUCUAUUCUUGCCAUUUUUGUACCCACAGAAAAUUUUAAACCUGCAGCUAAUUCUUCUAUCUUAGCCCAAAAUGAAACCAUAGGAAUGGAAGACAUAGACAUUGAAGACUCCUUAUAUAAAGAUAUCGACCAUAGUGUAAACAUUUUACAGACUGAACACUCUUACUGCAGACAAGACAUAAAUAAGGAACAUCUUUGGCAAAAAGUCUCUAAGCUGAAUUCAAAGAUAACUCUUCUUGAGUUACAAGAGCAACACACUCUAGGAAGAUUGAAGUCUUUGGAAGCUCUUAUAAGCCAGCUAAAACAAGAAAACUGGCUAUCUGAAGAAAAUAUCAAGAUUAUAGAAAAUCACUUCACAACAUAUGAAGUCACUAUGAUAUAGAGUAAAAAAAUUUUAAGUCUAUAGAAGCUUUUUCUAACUAAACCAAAUUCUACAUAAAGUGAGCUUUCUCCUACAGAUAGUUUUUAUCUUAAGGAAGCUAUGAAAGUUGUUAUGAACUGCAUUCUAGUUUCUGUAAUGCCUACAGAAGAAAACUGGAGAGUUGUAGGGCUGACUUGAUACUUUUCCAAAUUAUAGUAUAAUCAUAGUGAAUAAAUACCAUAAGGGAUAGUCAUAAAAUGAGAAAGGAAAGAUAUGAUCAAAAAAGCCCCAAAUAGAUCAAUCCCAGUUCUACCAUUAGCAUAUGACUUAGGCAAGCUACUGUUAAGAUUGCACCUCCAAGGACUGGUAAUGGAGACCAGUGGUACAGUUUUUGCUUAGCUUUGUGCAGGAAGUGGUUGAUAGAUAUUAAGCUUCAUCCCCUAAUUGUAUUUUGUAAAUAAGGGUAAUUAGUAGACCGCUAAUAGACGUGAGUCUGUUUCUGUAUAGUUCCUUCUCUUCCUUUAUUAAAACAUUUUCUACAAGAAUAUACAGAAGAUGGAUAGAAUUUGAUAUUAACUGUUGGAAUAUCCUCAAUAUGCUUUAUUAUUUAACCAUUUUUCUGGUUACAUAUCUAUAAUAUAAAGAAAAAUACUACUAUAAUUUUAUUGCAGUUGAACUCAGCUCUGAGAAGAGUACUUUUAACUUUUGAGAAAAUAGAUAUUUCAAUACUUUAUAUAUAAAUGGCCAUUAGAAUAUAGUCAUUUAAAUUUUUCAGCAUCCUGUACUUAUAAAGUAAUAUUUGUACCAAUUUUAAAUUAUGUAUGUCUAUUUUAGAAAUCAUAAUUUGUGUAUAUUUCAUAAUUGGUAUGCUUUUUAAAAUGUGUGCCUGUCAUUUUUUAAAUCCAAAAUAGGAGUGGUUAUACUUAAUAUUAUACAUUCCCUCUUCUGCAUAUUUUACAAAAAUUUAUAAGGAAGAAAUUAUAAGUAAGCAAUGUUGACCUUAGGAAGAAGUUGUUCUCUUAGGGAAGAUGUAGUGUUAUAAAUAUACUAUUUAUAUCCAUACUGAAUUUAAGAAAAAUAACUGUAAAAGCAAACUGUAGAAAUAGAAUAGAAGAAUA